AGCCUUGCAAGCACUACCAGAGACUACAGCAGCAGAUCACAAGCUGUGGAUGAUACUCUUUUACCUUCUAUAAACUCAGCUAACACUUUUAGUGUACCAUUUGCUUAUUGUUCAACACACAAUCAAGAAAAUAUCAACAUAUUGCUAUUCAUUAAUUCGACAUUUGAUGGACCUCACAGUAACUCACAUUACUCACAAAGAGACCUACAAAGAGCCCAGAGACGAUGAUGAUGACAAGCAGGUGGUCGCAGAGAUCAUGGCAAGAAGUUUUAUCCCAACUCUGAUAACGACUAUUCCUUGGGAAGGCUUUCACUUUGCUGGUCAUGAGAUUCAGAUUACUGAAGGCAAAGAUUGCUAUGGUGCAUUUGUCUGGCCAUCGGCCCUUGUUCUAUGCUAUUUUCUGGAAACACAUGCCAAGCAAUAUAACAUGGUUGAUAAAAAUGUGAUUGAAAUUGGAGCUGGGACAGGGCUUGUCUCCAUUGUGGCAAGCUUACUUGGUGCUCGUGUGAUUGCUACAGACUUACCUGAAUUACUUGGAAACCUGCAAUAUAAUAUUUCCAGAAACACCAAAAUGAAAUGCAAGCAUCUGCCUCAGGUCAAAGAACUAUCCUGGGGAGUAGCAUUAGACAGGAAUUUCCCCAGGUCUUCCAAUAACUUUGACUACAUCCUGGCAGCAGAUGUUGUCUAUGCCCAUCCGUUCCUGGAGGAGCUUCUCAUGACCUUUGACCAUCUCUGCAAAGAAACUACCAUUAUACUCUGGGCUAUGAGAUUCAGGCUGGAGAAAGAAAAUAAAUUUGUAGAUAAAUUUAAGGAACUGUUUGACCUGGAAGAAAUUUCUAGUUUCCCUAGCCUGAAUAUUAAGUUGUACAAAGCUAUGAAGAAAAAUCGGAGGAGUGCCUAGUGCAUUGUGACUGUGAAUGAGGACAUGAGUGUGGUGCCAAGGUAGUUUUUAGUAAAUCAUUACCUUAAAGAACACACACACACACCCUACUGUGAGAGUAAAAAGUAACUCUAAACUUACCUUAUUAGAGGCAAGGGUUUUUACAUACACACAGUAGGUGUAGGAUAAAGAUAAUUUGUUCUCAAAUCUGUCUGUUCAGCCCUCAAAUUACAUUCAGCAACACCACACUAUUCUCAUUGCAAAGAUGGAAAUUUUCAAUAAUGAUAUCUCUAACUGAAUGUUAUUAAUUUUAUUUCGUUUUGAAAAUUAUAGCUUAGAUUGGCCUUGAACUUGAAAUCUUACCUCAGCCUCCUUAAGUGUUAGUACUACAGGUGUGUACUACCACACCCAUCCAAGUUGUUAAUCCUCUUAAAUGUAGGUUUAAAUGAUUUCUAUACUUAAAAGAAAUCAAUAAAGUGGCUCUAGAGAAAAUAAAUCUGAAAAGGCAGUUAUAUGAUGUCUAUGGUUCCCAACAGUCGAAGUUUAGAGGUGGGCUGCCAUAUCUGUUUAGCAGUUUGGACCGCUGGCAUAACUACUGAAUAAACCAACAUGUGGAGCUAAGGUUUCAAGCAAGGAUAUUUUCCUCUAAUAGAUUUAAAAAAUGUGGAUGUACAGAGCCCAAGAAUACCUCAGAUGAAACUGGACUCUGGUGGAGCAUGCUUUUAAUCUCAUAACUUGGGAGGCAGAGGCAGAGGCAGAGGCAGAGGCAGAGGCAGAGGCAGAGGCAGAGGCAGAGGCAGAGGCAGAGGCAGAGGUGGAUCUUUGUGAAUUUGAGGCUAGCAUGGCCUACAAAACAAGUUUCAGAAUGGCCAGGGCUACACAAAGAACCCCUGUCAAGAAAAACAUAUAAAUAAAACAAAACAAAAAGAAUUCCUGAAAUUAUUGUGUUUUUGUUUUACAGAAAAUGAAAUAAUUAUAAGAACUUUGGGUUGGAAGUGCAUAAAAAGAUUGAAGUUCCUAAUCUCCAAUAAGCAAUCAUGGCUUGUUUUAAGGUUUAAGGCUCUUCUGAUAAGCACAGAUAUACCUAGAUAUUUGACAUCCUCUUAGGCUUCUUUAUGUGGCCCUUUGGAUUAGAAUUAGGUUUAAUGCAAGAUAAGUCAAUGUGGAAAGAGUAAGGAGUUAGGCCUUUAUAACAUGCUACUGUCUGGAUUGUGUUGGUUGGCAACACUUCAGUGUCCUCUGCUAGGCUAUCAUGUGCACUUGGUGACACUUGCUCCUCUGAAGUUAGCUCUGUCCUCUUGGCUGAACAACAUCAUGGUCAAACACUUCUAUAAUCAUCUCCUGGAUCCCAUACUGUAAAUUGGAAUGCAGAUACGCUGCUCUUAGUACAUGGAGUUUCUUAGGAACAUGUCUCAACAGGUAUCUGCUUGAAUGGAUAUUUGGUCUCACAUUUAUGUAGUGUUCAGCCUGCACAGGACAGUGACAUGAUUAUUCUCACUUCACAGAUAAAAAACAAAAGCCUAGGUUACACAGCUGCACAGUGAAAUUUAGGACAGUCAAGCCCAGGUUUGAGCACAGUGUCUUCCUUUAUAAUGCCUUUAUGCACUGAAAAAGUAACUUUCAAAGACUCUUAAACAGCUGAGGUCAGUUCUUCCAAAGGAAAUAGAUACUCAGCAAAAAUUAACAAAUACAUAUUAAAAAAAAUAAGACAUAUUUCUUUCUCUUAACACUAUCUCCAGACUUUCUACUCAUGGUAGGAGACAUCAGAGAAGGCUUGGGUAGAAGAAGGUGCACUAGAAGGGAUGAGAGUUGUGUUUAUCAAGGAGGAACAGCCAUGAUGGAAUCUACAGGCAAAGGCAUGCUUAUCUACUUGAAUAAACAUCAAAAUAGUGUGGCAAAGGGGGAGACAGAGAUAUUGAUGAGGUCUGAAGAGAGGCUGUAGGAAGUAGAUCAUGGAAGCCCUGUUCUAUGGGCUAGGGUUCCCAAAUCCAGGUUCUAGGAGAGAACAUGAUGCAUAAUAGUUAGUUAGGUUGUACAAGCAUAGGUUACGUUAUACGGUCAUUGGUUAGAGUGUACGAUGAUUAGGCUGUGCAGUUGUGAUGGAGAAUUGAAGAAAAUAACAAAGGGCAGUUUCUGCUGACCCAUUCAUUGCUAGACCUUGAAUGGCCUGCUUUGGAGAUAAUUUUGGUUAAAUGCAUCCAUGUCUGAUCCCUGAUGUCUAAGUCAUAUAAGCAAAGAAUUUUCUGUACAAACAUAUGGUACUAUUGGUGGGAUAGGGUGCAUUAAAUGACCUUAGAAUUG